AUGUUCCGCAGCAAGAGGGGAAGGAGCAAAGCGCAAAGCAGCAGAUCGCUGGAAGGAAAGAAGCCAUCCAACGAAAAUGUAGUGAAGAACAGAAUCAUCAAGACUGCACGGGGCAGUAUAGUCACGAGAGUCAAUGGCCCGCUCUCUUACCUCAGCCCCGUCACCGAGAACCCAAAUAGCCAUCUAUUUUCUACUUCUUCCACACCUCAUCCUUCAGUCGAGCCACCCAACAACCGAGCGAACUCCCCAUUGUUUGAACCCAAAGACGAAAAAACUUCUGACCACGCCGUAUCUUUUCAGGGAAGUUCACAUCUCAAUCGUCCAAAGAACCAAACCCUACACAAACACAGCGCCAUGGACGGACUCAAGCGCGCAAAAGCCACCAAGGCAGAGAUCGAAACCAACAUCUCCGUACUCAUGUCCCAGGACAAGAAGACCAGCACCCGCCCCAACGUAGAAGAAGACCCCGAAAACAUCCUCAUCAAGACCCUCCGCCAAGAUCAGAAACUACCCUGGAGCGAAAUCGCCAGCCACCUCAACCAAGAGCGCCUUACCAGAGGCGAAGCAGCGACCUUCACCGACGCCGCAGUCUACAGCUGCUUCGUCUGCAACGCGCCUCGCAUCGCCACUUCUGUCGGCGAAAUUGGUUUCGACCCCAAAGACUACAUGCACCUGCGCCACCCAAACCAGUACUCCAACGCCGAAGGAACAGGCUCUCUUAGCAAGGCGGGCAAGAAGCGCAUCAAGGACUACAACAACGCGACGGAGCUCAAGGACAAUAUGCGUCAUGCGGUUCCCUCGGAGGUACAUGAGAAUGAUUUGGAGACGCCGCAAAUGACGGAGCAGCUUAUGGAUGCGGUGGCGAAGUGUGAGCGCAACUUUUGGAAGUAUGUGGCGGAUGAGUUGGAGAGGGCGACUGCGAAGAUGUAUGAUGCUGAGAAGCUUGCUAGUCGCUAUCAUGCUAUUUGA